CUUCGCCUCACGAUUGAAUCAGGACCACAUCCAGGCACUUGUUUUGAUAACACCAGAUGCUUUAUCUGUGACAGUGAUAAACAUUGGCCGCCACAGGAUACUAACGCUGUUAGCUCUAUAGUGCCUGGCACUAUGACGUCAAAGAAUGCCUUGACAAGCGUGGGGCUGUUUGCCAUGCAUGCUGGCUGUGUAUGCUCGGACAUGGGGUUUAUGGUCCAGAGCAGCGCUUGCCUUUUCCCGCUAUCCCACCAGCUUUGUAUUCUCAAUCUCUGUGUAAAUGAUGGCUAUAUCCACACGGCUGAGGGGAAAUCCCCUUCCUGCUAUCAGCACUUUGCCCUAGCCUCAAGCACGUUGAAUUCAGUGGCGGACCAGACCUGGCAUGGAUCAAGGCACCCAGGAUUCAGCAGCACAAGCUUUUCCAAGCCCUGAUUGAGCCAGCUCUGGUGGCAAGGCAGUGGCAUGUUGGUAGUGGCAUGUCUUUAGCAAAUGUAGUUUCAAAUACCAGCAUCUUUUUAAAUAUGCAGUAGCAGUAAAUUAUCGCUGACUUUUGGACAAUACUU